AUGUUCAUGCUUUGUGCCGCUAACCUCCCAUUCCCACCCGGUGCACAAACGCAGAAUAAAACGCCCAUCGUCCGCUCCCUUGGUUUCGCCAACUGUUUAUUGGCUUCAUAUAAUAAGAUACCGGAGCGGGAGCUGAUUGAGGACUGCUCUUUGGAAUUUGAUCUUGAUUUCGGCGCUCUCAAUGUCUACGUCAGUCGCCAGGUAGACGAGGACGACGAUCCAGAUGGAGUCAGCGGCCUUGCGCUACUAACGACUAAUUUCAAGCGCAAUACUACUUUGGGGAUCAAUGAGAAGAUAUGGUGCAUUCGUGACGGCCAUACGUGGAAGGAUUGUCAGCCGCAUGGAGAUGAAACACCCACACUUGUGGAUGAGAUUAACAGGCUUUACGGCAACUCGGGAAGUUCAUAA